UCGGGCUUUGUCCCUUCGGAACACCCCCCCUUUGCUCGUGCUGCUGAGAUUCCCGGAGACCUAGACACCCCAAGUCUGGAUUGCAGGUCUAGCCAAGAGGAGGAAGGAGGCCCUGGGCCUCACAGCUAGGCCAGAUGCAAGCACUGCAGGAAUUGAAGAUGACCAGUUCCAUGGCAUCGUACGAGCAGCUGGUACGGCAGGUGGAGGCCUUGAAGGCGGAGAACACGUACUUAAGACAGGAGCUGAGGGAUAAUUCCAGCCACCUCUCCAAGCUGGAGACAGAGACUUCCGGCAUGAAGGAAGUUCUAAAACACCUUCAGGGCAAGCUGGAGCAGGAGGCGCGGGUGUUGGUGUCUUCCGGGCAGACGGAAGUGCUAGAACAGCUGAAAGCUCUUCAGACUGACAUCAGUAGCCUCUACAACCUAAAGUUCCAGCCCCCAGCCCUGGGCCUGGAGCCUGCCUCCCGGACUCCAGAGGGAAGCCCAGUGCACGGCUCUGGCCCAUCCAAGGACAGUUUCGGGGAGCUGAGCCGGGCCACCAUCCGCUUGCUGGAAGAACUGGACCAGGAGCGAUGCUUCCUGCUGAGCGAGAUCGAAAAAGAGGAGAAGGAAAAGCUGUGGUAUUACUCUCAGCUGCAGGGCCUGUCAAAGCGUUUGGAUGAGCUGCCACACGUUGACACGCAGUUCUCGAUGCAGAUGGAUCUCAUUCGGCAGCAGCUGGAGUUCGAGGCCCAGCACAUUCGCUCGCUGAUGGAGGAGCGUUUCGGCACCUCAGACGAGAUGGUGCAGCGCGCGCAGAUCCGCGCUUCGCGCCUGGAGCAGAUUGACAAGGAGCUGUUGGAGGCCCAGGACCGGGUGCAGCAGACCGAGCCUCAGGCUCUGCUGGCAGUGAAGCCUGUGUCGGUGGAGGAGGACCAGGAGCCGGAAGUCCCCACGCACCCGGAGGAUGGCACCCCUCAGCCUGGCAACAGCAAGGUGGAGGUGGUGUUCUGGCUUCUAUCCAUGUUGGCAACACGCGACCAAGAAGACACAGCGCGCACAUUGCUGGCCAUGUCCAGCUCGCCUGAGAGCUGUGUAGCCAUGCGCCGCUCAGGCUGUCUGCCACUGUUACUCCAGAUACUUCAUGGCGCUGAGACCGGGGCUGGGGGACAUGCGGGGACCCCCGGCGCACCUGGUGCCAAAGAUGCACGCAUGCGCGCCAACGCAGCCCUGCACAACAUUGUUUUCUCCCAGCCCGAUCAGGGCCUGGCGCGCAAGGAGAUGCGUGUGCUGCACGUGCUGGAGCAGAUACGAGCCUACUGUGAGACCUGCUGGGACUGGCUGCAGGCGCGCAACAGCGGGACUGAGGGUGGUGCAGGAGACGCCCCUGUGCCCAUCGAACCUCAGAUCUGCCAGGCCACCUGUGCGGUGAUGAAGCUGUCCUUUGAUGAGGAAUACCGUCGGGCUAUGAAUGAGCUAGGGGGGCUGCAGGCUGUGGCGGAGCUACUGCAGGUGGAUUACGAGAUGCAUAAGAUGACCCGGGAUCCACUCAACCUUGCCCUGCGCCGCUAUGCUGGCAUGACUCUCACCAACCUCACCUUUGGAGAUGUCGCCAACAAGGCUACACUGUGUGCCCGUCGAGGCUGCAUGGAAGCCAUCGUGGCUCAGCUGGCCUCUGAGAGUGAGGAGCUUCAUCAGGUUGUGUCCAGUAUCCUGCGUAAUCUGUCGUGGAGGGCCGACAUCAACAGCAAGAAGGUGCUGAGGGAAGUCGGCAGCAUGACCGCCCUUAUGGAGUGUGUGUUGCGGGCCUCCAAGGAGUCUACCCUGAAGAGUGUGCUUAGUGCACUGUGGAACCUGUCUGCGCACAGCACGGAGAACAAGGCAGCCAUUUGCCAGGUGGACGGUGCACUGGGUUUCCUGGUGAGCACGCUCACCUACCGUUGCCAAGGGAACUCCCUGGCAGUCAUCGAGAGCGGUGGUGGGAUCCUGCGCAAUGUGUCAAGCCUCAUUGCCACCCGAGAGGACUACAGGCAGGUGCUCCGUGAUCACAAUUGCCUACAAACACUGCUACAGCACCUCACGUCGCACAGCCUGACCAUCGUGAGCAACGCCUGUGGCACACUCUGGAACCUGUCGGCCCGCAGCCCCCGGGACCAGGAACUGCUGUGGGACCUGGGGGCUGUGGGCAUGCUGCGCAACCUCGUGCACUCUAAACACAAGAUGAUCGCCAUGGGUAGUGCUGCCGCUCUGCGGAACCUGCUGGCCCACCGACCUGCCAAGUACCAGGCAGCAGCUACAGCCAUCUCCCCGGGCACCUGCGUGCCCAGCCUGUAUGUCCGCAAGCAGAGGGCACUGGAAGCUGAGUUGGACACCAGGCGCCUGGCGCAUGCGCUGGGCCACCUGGAGAAGCAGGGUCUGCCUGAGGUAGAGACGACUUCAAAGAAGCCCCUGCCACCCCUUCGCCACCUAGAUGGGCUGGUGCAGGACUAUGCCUCUGACUCUGGCUGCUUUGAUGAUGACGACGCGCCAUCUCUGGCUGCUGCGGCCACCACAGCCGAGCCCGCCAGCCCGGCGGUGCUAUCUAUGUUCCUUGGCAGUCCCUUUCUUCAGGGCCAGGCACUGGCCCGCACUCAGCCUGCCCGCCAGGGUGGCUUAGAAGCUGAGAAGGAGGCUGGUGGGGAGGCAGCUGUGGCUGCCAAAGCUAAGGCCAAGCUGGCGUUGGCCGUGGCUCGGAUCGACCGACUAGUGGAGGACAUCUCUGCCCUGCACACCUCAUCAGACGACAGCUUCAGCCUCAGCUCUGGGGACCCUGGGCAGGAGGCACCAAGGGAGGGUCGUGCCCAGUCCUGCUCGCCAUGCCGGGGCACUGAAGGGGGGCGGCGUGAGGCCAGCAGCCGGGGACACCCUCUGCUGAGGCUCAAGGCGGCCCACACCAGCCUCUCCAAUGACAGCCUGAACAGUGGUAGCACUAGCGAUGGCUAUUGUCCCCGGGAACACAUGCGGCCCUGUCCAUUGGCUGCAUUGGCUGAGCACCACGAUGAUCCCUUGCGCGGGCAGACUCGGCCCAGCCGGCUGGACCUGGACCUGUCCAGCCGGGCUGAACUGCCUGCCCGGGACACAGCGGCCGCUGAUGCCCGCGUGUGUACCAUCAAACUAUCCCCAACUUAUCAGCAUGUACCACUGCUCGACGGUGCCACUGGGACGGGUAUCAGACCCCUCGCUGGACCCGGAGCCUCCCCAGGAGCUUGGAAACAAGCGUGGAUACCUGCAGAUAGCCUGAGCAAAGUCCCCGAGAAACUGGUGACCUCUCCGCUGCCCGCGGCUAGCAAGGUGCUGCAGAAGCUGGUGGCACAGGAUGGGCCAAUGUCACUCUCCCGGUGCAGCUCACUGUCCUCUCUGUCUUCCACUGGCCAUGCUGGCCCCAGCCAAGCUGGGAACCUCGAUGACAGUGAUUCAUCCCUGGAGGGGCUGGAGGAGACGGGCCCUGGUGAGGCGGAGCUGGAUGGGGCGUGGCAAGCAUCCGGGUCCACCUCUUUGCCCAUGUCCAUCCCAGCCCCCCGCCGGGGGUGCAGUCGAGGUCUUGGGGUGGAGGAUGCGACACCAUCCAGUUCAUCGGAGAACUGCGUCCAGGAGACACCCUUGGUCCUGAGCCGCUGUAGUUCUGUGAGCUCUCUGGGCAGCUUCGAGAGCCGCUCCAUUGCCAGCUCCAUCCCCAGUGACCCGUGCAGUGGGCUGGGCAGUGGCACAGUGAGUCCCAGUGAGCUGCCCGACAGCCCCGGGCAGACUAUGCCACCAAGCCGCAGCAAGACGCCACCAGCGCCUCCCGGCCAGCCUGAGACCAGCCAGUUCAGCCUGCAGUGGGAGAGCUACGUGAAGCGCUUCCUAGACAUCGCAGACUGUCGGGAGCGAUGCCAGCCGCCCUCAGAGCUGGAUGCAGGCAGCGUGCGCUUCACAGUGGAGAAGCCGGACGAGAACUUCUCCUGUGCUUCCAGCCUCAGCGCGCUAGCCCUGCAUGAGCUGUAUGUUCAGCAGGACGUGGAACUGCGCCUGAGGCCACCAGCCUGCCCAGAGCGUGCAGGGGGUGGCGGGGGACACCAUCGGAGGGAUGAGGCUGCCUGCCGCAUGGACUGCCCAGCACCCGUUGGUUCUCGGGCUCGGUCAGCAGUUGAUAAAGAAUUGGAGGUACUGCGUGAAUGUCUGGGGGCGGCCAUGCCCGCCCGGCUCCGCAAGGUGGUCUCUGCCUUGGUGCCUGGCCGCCGCGCCCUGCCAGUCCCCGUGUACAUGUUAGUGCCGGCCCCGGCUCGGGACGAUGACUCUGGCACUGACUCCGCCGAGGGCACACCUGUCAACUUCUCCAGUGCUGCGUCGCUCAGUGAUGAGACCUUACAGGGACCCUCCAGGGACAAGCCAGGAGGGCUUGGAGAAAGGCAGAAACCCACAGGCCGUCCCGCCCCUGCCCGGCAGGUCCGUGGGCACCGACCCAAAGCAGCAGGCACUGGUAAGAGUACGGAGCACACCCGAGGUGCCUGGAGGAACCGGGCACGAUUGGAGUUGCCCCUCAGCAGGUCACAGAGUGCUCGAUCCAACAGGGAUGGCUCAUGCCAGCCCCGGACCUGUGGGGACGGUGCUCUGCAGUCACUGUGCCUCACAACACCCACAGAGGAAGCUGUGUACUGCUUCUAUGACUCUGAUGAGGAACCCCCAGCCACGGCACCACCACCCCGGCAGGCGUCUGCCAUCCCACGGGCUCUUAAACGUGAGAAACCCAUAGGCAGGAAGGAGACCCCAUCCAGGGCAUCACAGCCUGCCACACCACCUGUGAGGGCUCAGCCCAGACUAAUCGUGGAUGAGACUCCACCCUGCUAUUCCUCAGCUAGCUCCCUCAGUGAGCUGGAGGCCUCUGAACAGCCGUCCAGCCAUCCCCGAGGCUGGGAACAGGCAGCCACCAAGGACCCUGGCCUGGGCAGUAAACGGGACAGUUCUCCUAGCCCAAGGGCGGAGGAGGAACUACCGCAGAGGUGUGUCGGCUUAGCUCUGCCCAGGCGCCGAACCCAAGUACCUGGCUUGCGACGUCGCAAGCCCAGAGCUGCGCGGUCCGAUGUGCCAACCACUGAGAUACCCCGGAAAUGCCGUGAGGAGGUGCCUGGCUCUGAUCCAGCCUCCGACUUAGACAGUGUUGAGUGGCAGGCCAUCCAAGAGGGUGCGAACUCCAUCGUCACGUGGUUGCACCAGGCAGCAGCCAAGGCCAGCCUGGAGGCGUCUUCUGAGUCUGACUCCCUCUUGUCUCUGGUGUCUGGGCUGUCAGCAGGCUCCACUUUACAGCCCUCGAAACCCAGGAAAAUGCGAAACUCUGGGGCAGAGGCUGGGGGUGUCUGGCGUCCAGAUAAACGGGGUGCAACUUCCACCAAGAUCAGUGGGAGUCCGCGGUGUCCUAGUGGCCCCGAGAAGCCAAAGGGUACCCAGAAAAUGAUGGCAAGGGAGCCAGGAAUGCUCCGGGGACGGACGGUGAUCUACACAGCCAGCCCAGCCUCCCGGGCUCAGUUCAAAGGAGUUUCCGGCCCUUGUACCACACCUAAGAAGGUGGGAACAUCUGGUACCACUCAGCCAGAAACUGCCACCAAAACUCCCAGCCCUGGACAGCAGCGUUCACGGAGCCUCCACCGGCCAGGUAAGAUCUCAGAGGUGGCAGCCUUGAGCCAUCCACCAAGGAGUGCGACCCCUCCAGCCCGCCUCGUCAAGACGCCAUCCUCAAGCUCCUCACAGACUUCGCCAGCGUCCCAGCCCCUACCCAGGAGGUCUCCUCUGGCCACUCCAACUGUAGGGCCUCUGCCUGGCCCUGGAGGGUCUCCCGUGCCCAAGUCACCGGCCCGGGCCCUUUUGGCUAAGCAACACAAGACCCAGAAGUCACCUGUUCGGAUCCCAUUCAUGCAAAGACCAGUCAAGCGAGGGCCGCCACCACUGGCCAGGCCAUCCCCAGAGCCUGGACCUAGGGGAAGAACGGGGACUGAGGGGGCUUCUGGAGUGCGCGGUGGUCGCCUGGGCCUAGUGCGCCUAGCCUCAGCCCGCUCCAGUGGCAGUGAGUCCUCAGACCGCUCGGGCUUCCGCAGGCAGCUGACUUUCAUCAAGGAAUCUCCAGGUCUUCGUCGCCGCAGAUCGGAACUGUCCUCUGCGGACUCCACAGCCUCCACCUCCCAGGCUGCUUCGCCCCGCCGCGGAAGGCCUGCGCUCCCUGCUGUCUUCCUCUGCUCCUCUCGCUGUGAUGAGUUGCGCGCGUCCCCACGGCCCCUGGCGCCACAGAGGGCGGCGCAGGCCAAGCCAGGUCUUGCUCCACGGGCGCCCAGGCGCACCAGCUCUGAGAGCCCCUCCCGCCUGCCUGUACGGGGACCUCCUGGGCGGCCUGAGACAGUCAAGCGGUAUGCGUCCCUACCACACAUCAGCGUCGCCCGCAGGCCAGAUAACGCUGUCUCUGUGCCCACCAUCCAUGCCAAUACCACUCGCCGGGGAAGUGAUGGAGAAACCAGGCCACUGCCCAGGGUGGCUGCACCUGGGACCACCUGGCGUCGUAUCAAAGAUGAAGAUGUCCCCCACAUCCUUCGUAGCACGCUGCCUGCCACUGCCCUGCCCCUCAGGGGUUCAUCACCUGAGGACGGCCCUGCUGGGACUCCACAGCGCAAGACCAGUGACGCAGUGGUACAAACAGAGGAUGUUGCCACCCCUAAGACCAACUCCAGCACUUCGCCCAGCCUGGAAAGCAGGGACCCCCCUCAGGCUCCGGCCAGCGGCCCUGCGGCUCCAUUGGGCAGCGAUGUGGACGGGCCAGCCCUCACCAAGCCACCUGCCUCAGCGCCCUUCACCCACGAGGGCCUGAAUGUUGUCAUGGGGGGCUUUCCCACCAGCAGGCAUGGGUCCCCCAGCAGGGCUGCACGAGUUCCCCCCUUCAACUAUGUGCCCAGCCCUAUGGUGGUGGCCACAGAAGCCAGCGACUCUGCCAUGGAGAAAGCCCCUCCAGCCAGCCUCCUGGAGUAGUGAGUGUAGGCCAACCUUCUGGAACAUUCUCUCUUCGCCCUGUGGCACAGUCUGGCUUCCCGGGGGGCUUGCUCUCCAGAUGCCCUGAGUAGGCACAGCUAUGCCCUCAGAGCUCCUGUCCAGCUCACAUCUCUGCACCUUAGAGCCAGCCCUUGCUUCUAUGCCCGGGGCUUGAGGGGAUCGGCUGUAGACAGACACAGGGCACAGAAACCGUAGGCUCUAUGCAGGACCUGCCCUGGGCUGCACCCAGUGGGUGGGCGGGCACGAGCUGUGGUGAGGGUAGUGAAAUCCUGGCAGCUGGCGCUCCCUCAGCCCGGCCCAGCCUGUAAUUAGUGCUCGGGUAAUUGGUUAAUGAGGACUCUGCCAGGCGUGUUUGCCUUCCCAGAGGCAGCUGAGGAGUGCUGGGUGAGGGGCGUGGCCAAGCUGCUCACCAAGCACUCCUUCAUCAUGGCUGGUCCCCUGUGUCCCUUCACUAUCACAGAGGAGGGACUAGUUCUGAGGACACACUGGCUGCCAGCUGGACAGCUCUGGGGGCUCAAGGGAGCAGGACUAGGCAGCCAGCGUCCACGGGGAGGAGCCUGGUCCUUCUCACGGAAGUGUCAGGGUGUAGGAUCCUCAUCCCUGGCUCGCCAAGUCUGGAAUCCAGGCGGGUAAACACCCACGAGGGCCUGAGUGUUGUCAUGGGGGGCUUUCCCACCAGCAGAUGGAGGCCGAUAAGAGCAAGGUAGGCAGGCCUCUGAGGACCCAGGCUGUGGGUCUCAGCUCAGUAUGUCUUCCUGCAGAGAGCACCAACAACCUCUCCCCUGUGGGACCUGUAACCACGGCCAUCGGCAGGAAUUGCUCCCAGAGAAGGACACUGCUCCUUGAGCUGGUCUCAAGCCCCUGCUGAGGGAAGUGGUUUUAAGAAGGUCCUCAGAAGGACCACAGACGCCGCUGUCCCUCCCCAAGUCCUUCUUAUGGGGGGAUUGACAGAUCCACAAUCACCAUUGCCAUCACACCUGGGCACACUGACCACUAGGGGGCACCACUACGGCCGACUCCACAGCAGGAACACCAGGUACCAAGUCUUCAAUCCCAGGACCUUGCCUGCUGGACAGGGCUCUGUGGGGGACUGGCAGGGAGCGACUAAGCAGCAAGGUACCCACCAAGCACCCCAGGGCGCCCCCGUGGUGGGACAC